GGACAUUGAGGAUUCCAGUGUGAGGGACCUGCCUCAUUCCCUUCUCACCCUUCCCUCGUGCCCACAAGGAGAGAACACGACUCACAGCCUCAGAAGGCUCAAGGAGAGUCAAGGAUUUCUUUUGCAUAACUGCCUUCACCAGCGAGCACAAAGCCACUUUUCAAAGGAGACUGACAAAUUAUCCCCAGCUGCCAGGAGGAGAAAUCCUCGUGGGACCCCUCUCCGUUUGCGGUGCGCUGCUGCCGAUCCCCUGGCUGCCAAGAUGAAAGCCUUGCACUUGCUGGUCGGAGCGCUCCUCUUCACCUCCAUGGUUUCUGCCUGUGCCGGACAAAAUCAAGUGUCUGUGCUGUGCUCCACCGACUGGUUCAUUGUCACCGUUCAUCCCUUCUUGCUGAACAACGACGUCUAUGUACACUUUUAUGAGGUGCACUUGGGCCUAGGUUGCCCUGCCAACCAUGUGUAUCCGCACUUCUACCAGUUCUCCUACCGCGUUACAGAAUGUGGCAUCAGGGUCAAGGCCAUCACUCAAGAUGUAGUUAUCUACAGCUCUGAGAUCCACUACGCGACAAAGGGCUCGUCAAUUCGGUAUGUGAUUCCCGUGUCGUGCGCUGCCCCGCAACGGUCUCCCUGGCUCACUAAGCCCUACGCCACCAGUACUGCAAGCAGCAAUGUGGCCGUAUCGCAGAAAAGCGACACGUGCUACGAAGUGUUCAGCCUGUCACACUCCAGCCAAAGGUCCAACUGCAGUUGUCCCCCCUGUGUCUUCAAGCAAGCACAUACCUAGAUUGUCCCACUGCCAGGCACAUGCACGGGCCUCUGCAGUCCCCUGACGCCGCUGAGAUUUCGGAGGACUGAAGUCUUCGUUGGAUGACCUGAUUCAGCCCAUGUCAUGCCCAGAUGUGGGGGCUUCUGAAAAUUUUGUUUCUAGAUUAGUAAUGUAGCUUUUUCUACUGUUAGCCAAAUUAGUUGAUUAUAGCUGUUUUUUUUUCACUAUUUUUGUAUCUUUUGAAGAAUAAUAAAAUUCUGAUGGCAUUAAAA